AUGACAGAGAGCAAAGUACAUCCUCUAACAGGACUUUCUUCUGCGGAGAUCAAGAGAGCCGCUGCCAUUCUCCAAAAUAUCUACCACAAAAAUGAUGGUGUACUAGAAAAACUGCGGUUUCAGCAUAUCACCUUGCAAGAACCACCAAAGGAGCUGCUAAUGUUGUAUCUUGACGCUGAAUGUGCCGGCGUAGAAGCUUCUGAAAGGCCCUUCGUUCCCCGACUUGCCGAGAUUACAUAUCGAGAGCCUGAUGGCCCGACUUACAUGAAAACCGUGGUUAGUCUUGAUACCGACACUGAAGUGAGUACGAUUCGGAGCCAGCAAGGACAACAUGGGGGUCUUGACAGGGCUGAAGUAAUAGAAACCAACAUUAAGAUACUAACGGAUCCGGAUGUGCGUCGCGAGAUAGCGAAGUUCAACCUACCCGAAAAUGUUACGGUCCAGUGCGAUACGUGGCCGUAUGGCAGUGACAAUUCUUCUGAGCCAGACCAUCCAAAAUUGAUACAAUGUAUUUUGUACGCUCGCGCUUCUCAUAACCAUCCGGAAAGCAAUCAGUACUCGUUCCCCCUUCCCAUAUCACCUGUGUAUGACCCUUUCCAGAAAAAGCUUGUUCGGAUCGACCCUAUAGCCACUGGGGGUAAAGAGGAUGGCCUGGCGUAUAGAACAGUCCCAGCCGAUGUAGCACUAGCUCAUUGUACCGAGAAUGAGUACUUUGCAGAGCUGCAGAAGACGCCGCAGCGGAAGGACCUGAAGCCGCUGCUAAUCGUGCAACCAGAGGGAGUGAGUUUCGAUGUGCAAGACGGUAGCUUGGUAUCAUGGCAGAAAUGGAGUUUUCGUGUCGGUUUCAAUUGGCGAGAGGGAAUGACCGUCCACGAUGUCCGAUAUGAUGGUCGCAAGGUUUUCUAUCGGCUGAGUUUGAGUGAGAUGACAGUUCCAUAUUCUGAUCCUCGUUCUCCACUUCACCGUCGCCAGGCUUUCGAUCUGGGCGAUGCAGGGGCUGGUUCGUGCGCCAAUCAGUUAGCCUUAGGCUGUGAUUGCUUAGGUUCAAUUCACUACUUUGAUUCCUGGCUCAGUGAUGAUCAAGGUAACCCAGUUCAUGCGAAAAAUGUAAUUUGUUUACAUGAACAGGAUGGCGGGAUAGGAUGGAAACAUACCAAUCCACGUACAGAUGUUGCUGCGGUAACCCGAAAGAGGGUUCUAAUCUUACAAAGCAUCAUCACUGUUGGUAAUUAUGAAUAUAUCUUUGCGUGGCAGUUCCAGCAGAGCGGAACGGUCGAGUUUGACACUAGAGCAACCGGAAUCCUGGCCACCAGCCUCAUUGAUGCGGGCAAGACCAGCUACUGGGGAAACGUUGUCUCGCCAGGGGUGCUCGCCACAAAUCACCAGCAUCUGUUCUGUCUCCGGAUCGAUCCUAUGAUUGAUGGUUCCAACAACAGCUUCAUUCAGGAGGAGGCAGUCAGUUUGCCCAUGGACGGCGACAAUCCACACGGCAAUGCGUGGAAGAUCCGAAAAACGCCAUUAGAGCGAAGCGGGUUUGCAGAUGCUGCUCCUCUCCAGGGCCGCAUUUUCAAGAUAGUGAACGAGAAGCAGCUCAAUCCGAUCUCUGGAAACCCAGUGGGUUUCAAGCUUGUUCCUCAACCGUCGCAGCUGCUCCUUGCUGAUCCAAUGUCCAGUGUCCAUAAGCGGGCACGAUUUGCUGAGCAUCACCUAUGGGUAACCAAGUAUCGAGACGGCGAUCUUUGGGCAGGCGGUUUGUGGACAAACCAAAGCUUAAACGAAAUCGAUGGUGUGGCUGACUAUGCAGCUCGGAACGAGAAUGUUCGCAAUGAAGAUAUUGUGAUCUGGCACACCUAUGGUCUGACACAUCAUCCGAGGGUAGAAGACUAUCCGGUAAUGCCAGUGGAGGCAAUUUCCGUCUCAUUACACCCGGCCGACUUUUUCGACAAGAAUCCUGCAUCGGACGUCCCUGUAUCGACACAGUCUGCGAACAGCAGCGUUUUGGUUCCGUACAAUGGAACCUCUUCCAGUGACAUUUUUUGA